CCUUUGAAUCUGUUAGAGGUUUUCUAAAAAUGGAAAAUGAAGAGGUAAUUCUGUUGGAUUUAUGGGCAAGCCCCUUCGGGAUGAGAGCCAAGAUCGCUUUGGCUUUGAAAGGGAUAAACUACGAGCACAGGGAUGAAGAUUUGAGCAACAAGAGUGAUUUGCUUUUAAAAACCAACCCUGUUCAUAAGAAAAUCCCGGUUCUCAUCCACAAUGGGAAACCCAUUUGCGAGUCACUCAUUAUUGUUGAGUAUAUUGAUGAGAUUUGGCCUCACAAAUUUCCCCUGCUCCCUCUUGAUCCUUACCAAAGAGCCUCUGCAAGAUUCUGGGCUGAUUUCGUCGACAAGAAGAUAUAUGGUGCUAGGAACAGGAAAAUACGGACAGCAAAGGGAGAAGAGCAAGAAGCUGCAAAGGAAGAGCUCAUCGAGAACUUGAAACUGUUGGAAGGAGAGCUCGGAAACAAGGCUUAUUUCGGUGGGGAACAUCUCGGUUAUGUCGAUGUUGUGUUGGUGCCGAUUUAUAGUUGGUUUUAUACCAACGAAAAGUUUGGGAAUUUCAGCUUCGAAACCGAGUGUCCGAAGCUGAUUGCAUGGGCAAAGAGGUGCUUCGAGCAAGAGAGUGUUUGCAAGUCCCUGCCUGAUCAAGACAAAAUCUACCAGCAUGCUUUGCAAUUGAUGAAAAGGUCUGGAUAUGAGUAAAGUUCAAGACAAGAACAACAAGAGCCAGACUAUGUCAUUAGCUGUGUUUUGAAAUAAAUGGGGGCACUUAGUUGUGCUUUGGGAUUGUGAUUUGGUACUUGCAGGGUUUCAAAUCGUGGUCGCGGUUGCGUUCGGUCAUUUCGUGUUUACUGCGAUUGCGGCCAUAACGGGCGCUAUUGCGACCGUAGCGGGCGCUAUUACUGGUGUAGCGAGUAUAUCGGAAGGCAUUGUUACCGUUAUUUCGCGGACGCUAUCACGGUCACGGACCGUUAUUUAAAACCCUGGGUACUUGUUUUGCUUGGAGUGGAACUAAAAUUGAUUGAGAAAAGUAAGAAAUUUAGUUUGAUUGAGAGUAGGAAGUCUAUUC